AUGACAGAACUGCAAUACCAACAAUUCCGAAAGGCCAACAGCGACAUCAUUGAAGAAGUUUGUGUCAGAACUGCUUCCACUAAUGCAAGCUUGUCAUAUUUUGUGAGUUUGCAAGACAUUCGAGAUGCGUUUCCAGAUGCACUACGAUUCAAAUUGGAUGGACAUCCCAUCCCAAUCAUUCCAUAUGCUGAUGGUAACAGGAUCGAACCUUUGCGCAUUGCAUUCUAUCCUAACAAGAUCCUGGCUGGAUGUCAUUACAGAGCUGCCGCAGUCCAGCAGCAAUUAGCAACUCUAAUUAUGAGGAGAUUAAAGAGAGAUGAUGAGGUGAUCAAGCUGCAAUUGGAGAUGCUCAAACUCCAAUUGGAGGCAAAGGAGAAGGACGACAAGAUGCUUGAAAUGCAAAGGGAGGCUAUUAUGUUGCAACAUCAAGCCCUCAGCAGACUUGCGCUCCUUCAAAAGCAUGCUGAAGCUAUCCUCAUCCAGAACUUUGAGCUGCACGAGUAUUCAAUCCCUCGACUCUUUAUCAUUUUACCGGUCGAUCGAACCAAGUGGGACCCAAUGAAUAUCUUGAGGAACAAGUUCCGCCUUCAUUUCUUAUGUGAAUGUGGAGAUCAUUCUGUAAAAGCGAACAAGAAUAUUGGGAACGAGUAUAUCCUCGGCUGCUUCUCUGGGAUCAGCCCCAAAUCUACUGGAUGCUGGAUUGAUUAUUCACUCGACUAUAUGAAAGCACUCUCUGUUGAGCACUCGGUCUUGAACAACGUCAACACACUCGAUGACUAUGAGGGACUUGAGGGUGCAGAUCUCCGACAAUUGGGAACAUUCCUUCAGACCAACGAUGAAGAGAGGCAGCUCAGCAACUUGUACAGGACCACGACAGAAAUGGGACAUGUCAAAUGGGUUUGUAUUGACCACUAUCGUGCAACAUACAGAGAGAAGGAUCAGAAGGGAUUUGAAAAUGUAGUGGAGAUGAAUGGUGGAAAAUAUGACUUGCAGCUUGGUAAAGUGGUUAUCAAACUGAAAUCCAGGACUAGAGCUGGGGAAUUCUUCAGUGCCCUGACCAAUGCAAGGAAUGUUUACGAGUUGAAUAUCACAUUCGAUUGGGAAUGGACCAAGACUGAUCUUGAGACGCUUGAGAAUGCAUUAAAGAUAUCGAGUGUGUCGCUUCUUCGACUUGAUCUCGGAUGGGUUCAAGAAAAGGUUUCUAAGAAAGUGCUUUCGACAUCUACGCGAUAUGACCUACUUGCUCGCUGA